AAAACAAUGAAAACGCAAAUAAAUAAAUAGCCAAACAAUAACAAGCGUAAUAUAUAGGUACACAUAUAUAACAUCUAUGUAAACAUAAGAAAAUGCCCGAAAAUGCAUUGCCAGAAACGAUUCGUUCCACUUUGGGUGGGUGCACUUUUGGUCAACGCAGAGAGGAUAUUUUUCGACGAUUACAGCAAACUGCGCAACAAACAAGUGAUACUUACAGUGGAAAACGCGAGCUAGCAACGGAAAAGGAUGAUGUUGUGCAGGAAUUAUGUGAGGCAUUGGAAGAAACACUUUCGUAUGGCCUACGACAGACCUUAAAUGUUACACUGACAGCCGCAAGCAUCUUUCAAAAUAUGCAUGAGAUCGUAACAGGUGGCAGUGGCAGCAGCACCACUAACAACAAUGAGACGACGUUCUGGGACUUCUGUGAAACACAGCUUACGCCACACGAAAAGCAACGUUACGAGGGACUCAAGCAGAUCUGGACGAAAUAUGGACGUGGCCGCGCUUUUAUACGCGCUACACUCAAUGAAAAGCGUCUGAUGAGUCAUGUUCUUACUUGGCUCAAUGACGAGGCGCAACUGCAGCGUUUCUAUACCCCCUGGUCGCUGUUACUUAAUGAGGAGGCGGCCAAAAAAUUGCCCGAGAUUCUAGACAGUCUCAAAGAUGUGCUCUUUGCUCUGAACGUUGAAAAUCCCGAACUUAAUGCACCAAAACGUUUUUCCGUGCAAGCGGUUGGCAUUGUCAAGGAGGAGCCAAUCAUCUAUGCACCACAACCCGUGCCUGUGGCAGCACGCAGGAAGGGACGCUUAGCAAAUGCUGUAAAGCGGCCAAUUGUGUGCGCCAGCUCUACAGAGGACCUACUGGGGGCACUUACUCCUCGAGAAAUGCUUGAAGUUCAGCAAAUAACGUCGAGAGAUGCAGUUGAGCAGGAAUUGAAGCAGGCAAUGGCAAUAGAACCCAUUUGUACUACGCCAUGUGAUCCAAUAGAACCAGAAUUGGAAUUUCUGAAAACUCCUCUGCCCGAUGUGCAGCCGAUUGGCCAAGAUGAGGAGCUUGUACAAGAAUCUCAGGAACUGUUUGAGGACCACAGUGAUACUUCCUCGCAGUGGAGCAAAUCAUCGUCUUCGGGCAAUGGCGCUAACAGUCAGCAGACUAUGCAACUGGCGGAGCAGGUAACCCAACUUACCGAACGCUGUGCACUGCUGGAAACACGGGUGGCUGAGCUGAAGUUACAAAAUCGACAACUGAUACGUCGUCUCACCAAACAGUUCAACGAAACGGGCAUCGAUCCUUCAUCGUCAUUCUGCUCCAACUUUCUGAUUACCAUUCCACAUGUGAAACUUGUUAAGACCCCACGCUCAGGGUCGCAUUACGUUUACGAGAUGCACAUUACUAUGCGCCAGCGGCUGGAGCAUUGGACACUGUUUCGUCGUUAUAGUGAUUUCAACAAGCUACAUAAAUCGUUGUUACGCACGCAUCCCAACAUAAUUAGCUCCAUCGAGUUUCCGCCCAAAAAACAUUUUGGCAACAUGAAUCUUGUCUUUGUUGAGGAGCGUCGACAACAGUUACAAAUCUACAUGUUGAAUGUUAUUGAGGCACUACCACAGGUGGAGGCGUGCAAGUCGAAGGCGGAAUUACAAAAAGUGUUCCCAUUCUUUCGCGAGCGAUAGCAUCCGUAUCAUGGCAACAGACCCAAAAACAACUUUGGACCAACAACAACUUAAAAAUAUAUAAAAGUAUUUUCU